GUGAAAGUAGAAACCAAAAUAUUUUGCAUGCUUUUUCUGCGGUGUCGAUGUUUCAUGCAGUAUAGUUCUUGUACACGAUUUAUUUCUUUACGCUUAUAUAGGAUAAAUAACUGUGGGAAAAAUUCCAUCUCUCAACUUUUAAGUGCUAUGGCAACAAAUGACACUGCACCAAAGGCAUCAGGUGUUAGGGCCUAUUCCGCAAAGUUUGAGAAAGAAGAGGAGAUUGCAAGAGGAAAAUGGUUAUCAUUAAAUAAUAUUACAUACAGAGAUCCAACUGGUAAAGAAAGGCUCUGGGAGAGUGUCAAAAGAACAACUCGCCAUUCAGGAUCUGCAGAUGCUGUUGGUGUGAUAGCAAUCUUGAAGCGGAUGUUGAAGUUUGAUUGCAUCGUUUUGGUAGUUCAGUACCGCCCUCCCAUGCAAUGCUGCACUGUGGAAUUCCCAGCAGGACUGGUAGAUGAGGGAGAGUCCCCUGAAGUAGCAGCACUGAGAGAAUUGUAUGAGGAAACUGGAUACACAGCCUCUGUAAAACAUGUAGCCCCAGCAUCCUGCCUUGAUCCAGGUAUAGGGAAUACAACAGUUCAGCUUGUGACUGUAGAGAUUGAUGGCAAUGACGAGAAAAAUGUCAAUCCAAAACAGAAAACAGAUGAAUCAGAGUUUAUAGAAGUUGUUUUGAUACCACUCGAGGACCUUUUGGAAAGACUUGAUGAAUAUUCCCGGACUGGACACAGUGUUGAUUCACGAGUUUAUUCAUAUGCAUUAGGCCUACAGCCUAGGAUAUCGUAACGCUUUGUAUUUUUUUUUUAUAUAAGAUAAAAUAAAUUAUGUCAUUUGUAAAGUGACUUCAGUGUGAUAUAUG